AAAACCAAGCUGAUACAAUCGUAAAAGUUGAUACGGAAAGGUCACCGUUCGUCUUCCCGGCGAACCAAACACCCACCCACAUUCUGAUCAUCAAAGAUUCGCAAACAAACAAUGGGACAAGGUCAAGAGGUCAAGACCAGGAGUGAACCCCAAGUUGAGAUUCAGGAAAGGGGGGAGAUAUUUUUCUUCUACAGGCCAAAAGUUGACAAGGAAGAAGCUCACAGCGUAGACGACGUGCAACGUCUGUACAUAGUGUUACGGCCAGAGUCCGGCGAGAGGCCUGUGGAAGAGAAGCAAGACGAAGAUUCAGGGAAGGAAGGUGCCAAGAAGGGAUCCAAAUCCGGCGGCAGUGGCCCUGGCACGAGUGAAGGUGGACAUGGUAGUCAGGAAGUGAACAUUGAGAAGCAACCUCUGUUUCGAUUCAUCGUCAUGGGCAAGAAAAGCCUUCCGGAUCCGAGCCAGAAAAGCCGACCUUACUGGGGUUUUGUGGAGAUGGUUACUACAAACAUAGAUGACGUGAAGAAUGCUCUUAAAGAAGUGGAAUAUGAUACUUCGACCAGAGGUCACCGCCAAAAACCUCCUGCAAGAGCCGCCGGGGAAGGAAUCUAUCGCAUUUUGAGGCACAAGUCAGGCAAGAAAACCCACACCCAUUUAGUCUAUAAGCUUGAACUCCCACCCCAAGACGAGAAGAAUGAGCCCCAGGAGUCCCUUAACAUCGAACGUGAAGGCUCAUUUCUAAUACAGAUAAAGAACCCAGAUCAGCACGGCGCUUCCCAAUUCAGAGGGCUACCGAACAAACGCAAGGCCGUGUUUCCCGCUCACCUGCAAGCGCGGUUUGGCCAACUUCGGUACUGCCCUGCUGAUCCGCCCGACUUCUUGAACUACGAAGGAUGCGAGUUCUUGCUCAUAUCGGCUUCGGAUGACGUAGAAGAGGAGUUGGGUUUGGAGCUGAAGACAGAAGGGGAAUGCUGUGAUGCAUCUUGUUCUGAUUUGGUCAAGACUUUUGGAGACACUGCUUCCAUUCGUCCCCUUCUGAAAGGCAUCUGGGAUUGAAUCGAAUUAUCUCCCUUAGGUGCUGUUUUUGCUGUUGUGCAUGCUAGGAAUAGUCGGGUUUUCUAAACUUGCUUGUACUAUAUGGACGGUUUGUAUAUAUUUGUGUCAUGUGGGCUUUUUGUUUUUUGUAAUGAUCAUGUAUGUGUGAAUUCCCAUAGAAAAUACACUGUAAAACAACAGCUGUGUUUUGUUUGUU